AUGGAUUGGGGCACUUUGCAGACUAUUCUGGGGGGUGUCAAUAAACACUCCACCAGUAUUGGAAAAAUCUGGCUCACCGUCCUCUUCAUUUUUCGAAUUAUGAUCCUGGUUGUAGCUGCAAAGGAAGUGUGGGGAGAUGAGCAGGCUGACUUUGUCUGCAACACUCUGCAACCUGGAUGCAAAAACGUGUGCUAUGAUCACUACUUCCCCAUCUCUCACAUACGGCUCUGGGCCCUCCAGCUGAUCUUCGUGUCCACACCAGCUCUCUUGGUGGCCAUGCAUGUGGCCUACCACAGGCAUGAGAAGAAAAGGAAGUUCAUUAAGGGAGAGAUAAAGAGUGAAUAUAAAGACAUCGAAGAGAUCAAAAACCAGAAGGUCCGAAUAGAAGGGUCCCUGUGGUGGACCUACACCAGCAGCAUCUUUUUCCGGGUCAUCUUUGAAGCUGUCUUCAUGUACGUCUUCUACAUCAUGUAUGACGGGUUCUCCAUGCAGCGUUUGGUGAAAUGUAAUGCCUGGCCUUGUCCCAAUACCGUGGACUGCUUUGUUUCCAGGCCCACAGAAAAGACUGUCUUCACAGUAUUCAUGAUUGCAGUGUCUGGAAUUUGCAUACUGCUGAAUGUCACUGAAUUGUGUUAUUUGCUAAUCAGAUAUUGUUCUGGAAAGUCAAAAAAACCAGUUUAA